AUUAAAUUCGUCGUAUCAUUCUUAAAGGUCAAUUAGUUGCUCAAAGUACUCCGUUUAUUCAGUAUCAUUUGUUGACAAAAAAGAGAAUUAAUAAAAAUUUCACCGAUGAAGACUCUAAUCGUGCUCCUGUUCGUAGCGUUGUGCAGCAGUUCGAUCGAAAGUCGUCAAAUCGAAUUCGAAAACCGAUGCGGCUAUGACAUUUGGAUCAAUCCACUGACCAAUGACAGAGGUCCUGAAUUAGCUCCUGGCAUUACUCGAUUGCGCAAUUACGAACGCUUCACAUACCAAAUUCCAAAUGGCGGCUGGGGAGGUCGUUUCUGGCCAAAGUCAGGCUGUGAUUCCAGCGGACAUAACUGCGAAGUAGGUCAAUCGAUCGAUCCGUGCAAUCCCGGUGGCUGCGAUCCACCAGCGGAAACGAAAGUGGAAUUCUUUUUCCCUCCAGCCGGAGAUUCUGGUGAUGUUUGGUACGAUGUUUCGUUGGUAGAUGGUUACUCGCUACCAGCAGAAAUCAUACCGAGUGUGCAAGUGGGCAGUUGUGUCACAACAAACUGUGCACUUUCACUUGCUGCCUGUCCAACAAAUGAAAAUUAUGUGGGCGAUUUGCGUUUGGUUAGAAAUGGACGGACUAUUAAGUGUUUAGCGCCAUGUAAAAAGUGGAACUAUCCCCAUCCCUUUGGCCUCGGUCUCGACGAACUAAUUUCGCCUGGAGUCUAUCUCUGCUGUCCAACACCACCAAUUUGGCCCGAAGAAUGCCGUGCUGGACCAGUAGUUAACACUCAAUACGUUCAACUCGUUCACCGUGACUGUCCAACUGCUUAUGCAUAUUCCUAUGAUGACGAAGCUGGUCUGCACAACUGUCCAAACGGUGUCGAUUUCAAAGUGACUUUCUGUCACCAGAAUUAAAAGCUUCAAUUGCGACUUUUCCAUUGUGGGUUCUGCGGGAUUGUGAUAAGAUAAAGUUACCUCUUUGUGCGAAACCAAUCUCUUUAAAUUAAAUGAAGUUCGUUUCGUUGACGAUGUUU